GUUCAGGUAAGGACCAACGCCUUCUAAGCGAUCUCUGACCUCCGAGUUUUGAAAACGAAAGCAGCCCUGCUACUGUUACGCGCCACGAGGACAGGGUAUUCACAUUUCUCUUUGUCAGAUUCAGCAUGUCAGCCAAAGACACGGUGAGACGUAAUAAGACAGCCAUUCAGACGACUCUAUGUGGAGACCACAGGCUUAUCCUCAACAAAGUUCAUGAAAAAAAACUGAUAACUACGCGGGAGUACAACAACCUUAAAAGCAUAAACAAAGAAGAUGUAGAGGGCCACGUCGUUGAGCUCGUUGAUAAGAUCAUGAACAAAGGAGAGGACACCUGCAACGCCUUCCUGAAACUGCUGCAAACCGAUGAGGACAUUAAAACGACUUACCCUGAGCUGGAGAACAUACACUUGAAUAAAACCUGCCUUUUAAAUACGCCUGUUCAAGAGCGUUCAUCUGUCGACGGAGAUGUUCUUCCACAAGAAAGCAAGAGGCGAAAGGAGCAGUAUGAGUUGAACAGCCAGCCUAGCGGCCUCUGUGUGAUCAUAAACAACGAGAAUUUCCCGGAUGAAGCAAGAAAUGGAACCAACAAAGAUGCUGAAAGUUUGGCAGAGGUGUUCAGCUGGCUGGGGUUCAGAGUGCUGAUGUGUAAAGACCAAACCAAGGACCAGAUGGAUCGCGCACUGAAAUGCUUUGCUUCUCAGAGCAACCUCGCUCAGCUGCAGGAGUUCAAUGUCACGGAGUGGUCUGGCAGCGGAUUCACUGAUCUUCAAGAGGCUCCUAAGCAUGGCGAUGCCUUCAUCUGCUGUAUUCUGAGUCACGGAAGGAAGGGUGAAGUCCUAGGGAUUGAUCUGCAGCCCCUCUCCAUUAAACAAAUAAAAAGAACUUUCAAGGCAACCAACCAAUCAACCCUCACUGGCAAGCCCAAAGUGUUUCUGAUCCAGGCCUGCCAGGGAGGGCAGAUACAGCGUGGAGUGUUAGAACCAUGUCUGCAGACUGAUGAUGAUUCUCACUCUCCAUUCAUCCCUGAGGAAGCUGAUGUUCUGGUUGCCAUUGCCACUGUCGAAGAUCAUCUAUCAUUCAGACACAUGACAAAUGGGAGCUGGUUCAUCCAAUCCGUGUGUCAGCAGCUAAAGGAGGGCUGUCCAAGGAGUGAAGACAUUACCACCAUCCUCCACCGCGUGAAUAAUGAAGUAGCCCAGAAAGAGGGCUGCACACUGAAGCCUGGUGCAGCAAAGCAGAUGCCUGAAAUUAGGUCCACCUUAAGGAAGAGCCUUGUGUUGUCUCCACAUCACAAAUGAAGCUUAAUCACCAAAAAAAAUCAUGCAUACACAUGUACUUUAUGUCUUAAUUAAGGGUGUAUAAUUAACUCAGGGUAAGGGUUUUCUUAAAAUGUACUCAAUCUUUUUUUAGUAUUCUAAAUCUUAUAUUUUUAAAUCAUCACAUUGAAUCAUUGUCUUUUUUAUUGUCACAGAUUUGUGUCACAAAAUAAACUUUUUGAUCAUCA